AUGUCGCUCAUUUCGCGAGUUCUUGUUGUGUUCCUGUUUAUUUUAGGAGGCUGUUUUCCAAUUGUGAUUCGAAGAAAGAAGUUGAGAAGAAAAGGCAGGUCAUGUUCGUGUACAGAGGCCCAAACAACUAGUCAAGAAUCGUUUGAUUCACUCGACAGUAUGUCCGUGGAGGAACCGACCACAUGGCAGAUGCCGUAUAAAGGCAGGAAACGGAUCCGUACGAUUUCUGGCGCUUCAAACUUUUCUGGUGUAUCUACGAUGUCAAAUUUAAGUGAAAGAGAUAGGAUGUGGCUACAAGCUUUCCGCUUCGCUGGAAGAUAG